CAGAAUCAACACGUGGAUUCAUAUUAGUACAUCGUUUUGUGAACAAAAAAAUGUAAUAAUCAACGUACACAAUUAAUCUUCCUUUUCGCCUGUUUUGAAGAAUAGCUCGAUAGGAAAAUGUUCCAUUUGUCUCUGUUUUAUUUUUCUAUACUCUCUGUAAAAAAGUUUAAAACAAGCACAGUUUAUCAAAGGUAUACACGAUAUAAUCUCAUUAAAACGAGACAACAUACUUGGCAAUGGAAAAUAGGGGAAAAUGUAUGCAUGGUAACUUCAUAACAGGUAACAUUCGUAGGAUUAUUUACCAUCAUGAAUGCAAAAACCGAAAGGGACAUGUUCGGGUUUCUUUUGUAGUGGUGAAUAAUAUGUCACUUGCACUGGAUGCAGUUUUAUUCCGAUCCGCAUCCUGAGUAAAGUAAGGUAGAACAUAAUAAAGAGAGAUAGACGGCGUGUAAAAAGGGGAAACACAGAACAGCGUGAAAAAGACAGUAAUGAAUAACGUUGGUUUGCUUAUGGUAAGGAGUAAUGUUUAUCAUCAAAAUGAAUCAGUUUUGUUCCAGACACCAUCCAGAUUAGAUGUUUAUAUAGUAAGGUGUUUUUGCAAAUCUAAAAGGUGUAACAAUCGCGUCAUUCUAUCGCAUUUCCUUCUACGAACGAAAAUUUCGUUAAAAACCGUGUAAAAAAAGCCGUUGAUGGCGGGUCCAUUUUUAUCUCCAAUGCCUGGAGAUCUUCUCACGGAAUACAUGUUUGGUAGACGUCGUCAGCGACGGAAUCGCACCACGUUCACACCACAACAGCUUCAGGAAUUAGAACAGUUGUUUCAAAAAACACAUUAUCCAGAUGUGUUUUUGCGUGAAGAAGUCGCACUACGGAUUAAUUUGAGUGAAGCACGAGUUCAGGUUUGGUUCCAAAAUCGUCGAGCAAAAUGGAGGAAACAAGCGCGGUUACAAUUAUUACAAGAUGCAUGGCGUAUGCGUUGUUUGAGCAUGGGAAAUGCACAAAUAAUCAUAGCCUGUGAGUCGCAAUCUGCAACCAACAACAGCACCGUGAUCAACACCAACAACAACAAUAACAGCAAUAGUAAUAAUAAUAAUAAUAAUGAAACAAAUAAAACAAUAAUCGAUACAAAGACUACGCAGAAUACAGCAACCCAGGAACUUAUGCAAGAAACAGUAUUUAUUACGCAAUCACCUUAUCAAAGUACAACCGAUCGAGAUGGCAGCUCAGGAGGCAGUAGUAAUUUAACGCUCGCACACCAUAACAAAUCGAAUAAUAUUGAGAAGUUAGUUGCAAAACAAUGCGUCAAUGAAACCAGUCCUUCUAAACAAAAGCCCGAUGAGUUAUCAUUCGAACAUAAUCGUUUUCAUCACAAAGAAAGUAAGAUAUACAAAGGAAGUAACAGGAAAGAGACACGACCGUUGCAUAUAGAAAUGAGCUAUUCGAACUCCAGCGACACAUCUAGUAACUCUGAAGAAAUAGAUCUUACUAGUAACUUAGGGUGCAUCGAUUAUUCCAAUUCAAAUGUUAAUAAAAAUUGAUCUUAAGCUUUCAUAUAACAAUAAGCUAAAAAUAAUAUUAACAGUAGUUUUGCAAUUACAUUGCGCAUUACUAGCAUUGUACGGGCGAAGCAUAUGAUUCUAUAUAAGAACGACGAGCGUACACAUGGUAUUGUGUUGUGGUAAGCGCGCAAUUUAUGCUUGUUUUUCCUCUGUUGCACGUGAUCUUUCAAGUCCGGAUUGGACAGAGUCUGCGCACACAGCUAAACCUAUAUUUAAAUAGAUCUCCCUGGAGUUCCAAAUUAACUUUCCAUAAACAUCUCACAGCAAUUCUCACUAUUGUACUGUAAAAAUAGAAUGUUUUAAUUGUUUUUCAUGGCAUCUCUCAUGGCAUUGUAAUAACUAAUUUUGAUCAUCAUUUUACUAUCAUAAUGUCUAAUAAAAAUAAUACAAUUGAAAAGCAGUACAUGGGAUUCUUACUUUAAAUCCAAAAAUAAGCAGACAGAAUUAAUUAAAUUUAAUUUGUUUUAUAAGCGUUUAGGUGGUACGUUCUACUUUAAUGAAAUGAGAGCAAAAAAUUAUGUAUUAGAAAAUUCUUUCCGCUGGUUACAUUUUAGGUUAUUUAAAAUAAAAAAAGAUAUUAAAACAUAUUUUAAUGGCUUUCAUCUUUUACUUUGAAAUCAAGCCUGCUCAAUCUGGAUCUUUUUCAAAAUUUAGGAUCACUAAUAAAAAGGAAAAAAUCAGAGGUUUAAUUAACCGCUCAUAGUAAUUGUGUGCACAUGUGAUUGCGUUAUAUAUUGUAUCCCUGUCUGAUUCUUUAUAUUCUUUAACUCUAUGAAAAAAGUAAAAAUAAAGGUACAAACAAAAGCUAUGUCUAUAACAGUGCGCAACCGCCAAGACCAUGUAGCGACGUGAUAUGUAUCAGAGUAUAGUGCUCCCUUGAUAUUCUGCCUUUCGAAAUCGACGAACAGACAAAAAUAACUUUGAGGAAUAUUAUAAGAAAAUUUCUAAUAUAGAGUAAUUUGAAAAUGACGUGAAAAGUACAAUAGAGUACUGAAUAGUGAAUUAUUAUAUUGAAUAUCAAUAUUGAAUUCGAAUUUGCUUUUGAAACAGAUAACUACUAUACACAGUAAUUCAUACCCGUUCUGUGUUUCUUUCUAGAUUGUAGAUAUGUUUAACUCUCACUUUUCGCCUCUCCUCCUCCGCUCCUCCUCACUCUACCACCUAAAAACGGAACUGAUUAUUCGAUUUUUAUUAGCAGGAAAAUGCCGACAAGGGGCGUAGAAAGAAAUAUGAUUGUAUUAAACUUUUAAGAACAAUACGUAAUAAGAAUCAUCAUUCAAUAGUGCUCUCUCGCAUAGAAUAAAAACAAACUUUAGUCAUUAAUUCUAACCGAGAAAUUACAGUAAUUUUCUCUAUACAGCUCUAUCACACACUCGAUGAGGUGUUCAAGAUUACUUAUAUGACCUCAUUCUAGUGUAUCACACAUUUUCUUAUCAGCUUACAUUCGUUCUACUUGCAACGUUUUCAAGUGUUACCUUACAGUUCGUUCCGAAAGGUUGAAUAUAUUGCAGCUACUGUGGAGCACUUAUCAACAGUACCAUUUGGACGUGUUAUGUGACCGGUUGCCUACUUUGAGCAUAAAGUGAUAUCGUAUUGUGAAUAAAGUGAUACACAUUAAAGGUAUGAUUCUACAGGAAAUAAGUUUAAUUGUAUAGUUUGGUACUUAGCUGGUGCAAUUUUACUGAUAAGUAAAAUUAUUCGUGGUAUAUUGUAUAUUGUUCGUAAUAAAAUUUUGUAUAAUGUA